AUUCCGAAUCAUGUGCUACACUCCAGUCGUCUACCUUACAACAAGUGGAGGCCAACUGUGGAUAAAAGUCACUCACACCCGGACCCAGAACCGCCUACCAACAGCACUCCAGCAAAACCAACUCAUGCUGGUCUGAUUAAUAAAGGGAAUACAUGCUAUGCUAAUUCUAUCCUGCAAGCAUUAUCUGUAACUCCUGCACUUUGGUCACAAAGUGCAUCGGAGUCCUCUUUUGUUUCCCCCCUGGCCAAGUCCGUCUUGCUGACUAUGUCUCUGUUGUCUAAAUUCACCUCAGUUAUAGACCCUUCCGCCUUUCUUCGAGCGUUACAACGUAAGAUGUCCAAUGCUAGGAACAACCCAUUCAAUAUUAACACACAGCAGGAUGUUCCUGAGAUUCUACCUCAUGUAUUAAACGAGUUGACAGGGCCAUCAGUUAGCGUUAUCAAUAUUAUUACCAACAAAGUAACUACAACAAUAUCUUGUAAUUCAUGCCUCUUGUCUUCCAGUAGGGAGGAAAGUAUGUCCAUUCUGCCACUUCGUUUCAAACAACAUAACAGGCUCCAUUAAAGCUUUUUUGCAACCAGAAUAUAUGUCUGGAAAUGACAGAUGGAUGUGCCCACAGUGCUCUACCCUUCAAGACAGUACCCGGGAAACUGUCUUCUCUGCCACUUCCUGUUUCCAACAACAUAACAGGCUCCAUUAAAGCUUUUUUGCAACCAGAAUAUAUGUCUGGAAAGGACAGAUGGAUGUGCCCACAGUGCUCUACCCUUCAAGACAGUACCCGGGAAACUGUCUUCACCCAGUGUGGCGAUAUACUGAUCAUCCAACUGAAAAGGUUUAACUGUAUCCAAGGAAGAUUUGUGAAAAAUAAUAAAUUUGUUUCUUGCCUCGCCCAACGU